CUGCUCGACACCUGCAUCACCAUACGCUGCGACACCAGUCUCGUGCCCGCCUCCAUACACCCUCGCGUCACCCUCAUUGCGCCGCGCCCACCUCCCAGUCCCAUUUUUGCCGUCUGCUGUUAACAUCACCUCCUUCCCCAUCACCUACCCAUUACCUUUUCCUAACACCAGUCCAUGUCCCUCCUUGCCCACCGCCCGCCAGCGGCGAUGGACCGCGCCUCCGUCGUCCUCCCCACUGUCAAGUGCAGCUCGUGCGCAUCCGAGAUUCCCCUCAACUCGCUCGGCGAGCACGUCUGCCCGCCUGCCCCGUCCAAAUCAAAGUUCAACAAGCCUCCCAUCAGCAGUGGACUCGCACCGUCUGCCCAACGAUCCAAAGCUCCCUCUCCUCUCCGCGGCGACUUUGGCCCUCUCGCACCGCCAUCUCGACUCGGCAACUACACUGAGCCUCGCACGCCUAUUUCUAGUGACCUCGGCCGCUACCCCGACCUCCACAGCCCAAUAGUCCCUUCCAUGCCGGACACCACCUCUGGAGGUAACGCGGGCAUGGCAGGCGUCGGCCGACGCGCUUUUGCCGCUGCGGCGUGGGGCGUCCGUGCCGGAGUCGCCCUCGCAGCCGGUGGCGGGCGCGGCUUUGAAGCCGACCAGGACCCGCCACGACCGCAUGGUGACAGCCCGCCUAUGCCCGUCCCCAAGCCGUUCCAGGCAGCACCGUCGGUUUCGCGUUCUGCAGGCCCCUUGAUGACAGCCACUGGUCCAGACGCACGCCCCCAUCGCGAGCCUUCCCAGAAGGAGCCCGUUAUCAUGCCAAGUGCGCCGCUAUCUGCUCGAGCACGCCACGAACGUACGCGCUCUCGUGAGGGUGCAGUGUCCCGCGCCGACUCUAACGGACGCGCCGGUUCUCGCGCCGACGACUACUUCCGCGCAGACAGCCGCUCCGCGUCGCGUAACGAUGCCCGCGCCGGCUCUCGCGCCGAUGACUAUCGUUCUGCCUCGCGGGCGGGCCCAUCGCGCUCUGCCUCUCGCGCAGAGGAGGAAGGGCGUUCAGUCUCACGUGCUCACCUUGAGCGCAGCGGGACCUCGCAGAGCUCAAAGAGCCAUGACAACCAUCGCCCCUUCUUCGACAAGUACGACGCGUUCCUUGUGUCGAAAAGCGACCAGACACACGGCUCGCGUUACUCGCCCCGCGCCGACAGUGACAACCUCAGCGUUACAAGCGCAGGCGAGCCAUCAGCCCUGCCCUGGGCUCAGAAUGACGCCGACGAUGACGACCCCUUCCAGCGCAUAGAGUACAACCAUCGCCGGUACCCGACCAACGGCAGCUUUGAAUCGACCGCGUCCUCCCACUAUGGUCCAUCACCAGACGGACAGAGCUCGCAAGAUGAGAUGGUCAUGACCCCUUCUCAGAGCUGGGAGGGUUUGUCCUCCGUGGACGCGCCGGCAAAGGGAUACUUUGACAGCCCCAAGGCCGCCAAGGACUCGAGCAUGCCAAAUUUGUUGACGGAGAUAGGCGAGGAGGACGAAGAUGACGACGGGGAACGUCUCGUUUUCGGAAAGCCGAACCCUAUUCGCGCCAACAUGCUGCCCCGGUCAAGUUCGGCCUCGACUGUCACUCCCGCGAAUGCCACCAGGUCGCCGUCUUUGCCCGUGCGCGAGCUCGAGCCGCCUCGCAUUCCCCAAUCAUUCGCGCCACAGCGCUCGCGCACUGAGCCGCCCCUCUCUACCUCGCCACCCACCUCGCGCCCAAAGCGCGUGUGCCAGAAGUGCGGCGACGCGGUCGGCGGGCAACGUCGCUACGUUGAGCGUGACGGCAUUGUGCUUUGCGAGGCUGAUUGGAAGAAGAUGUACCUUCCAGCAUGCCGGCGUUGCAAGCUCCCCAUUGAGCGGAGCGCUGUCUUUUCUUCGGACGGCCAGCUCAAGGGCAAGUGGCACCGUGCCUGCUUCACAUGUACGCGCUGCGACUCACCGUUCGAGGGUGACGACUUUUACGUUCACAAGGGUCGUCCGUGGUGCCAGUACCACUACGCCGAGGAGGCUGGCACUCUGUGCGCCGCCGCUAGCUGCCGCAAACCUAUCGAGGGCGCCUGCAUCCUCGCACCCAGUCCGGCGGGCGACCAGCGCUUCCACCCCGGCCACCUGCGCUGUGACCACCGUGGCGGAGUCAGCGGCGCCCAGUCUUGCCGCGAGAACAUGGCCGAGUAUUACGAUGUUGCAGGGCAGCGGUUCUGCGAGCGGCACGUUAGCGAGGCGGUGCGCCGUGUCGCUAACGGCGCGGCACCGCAUCGCGCCGAGAAGCGCCGGACCAAGCUCAUUGACAUGGCGACGGGCCUCGCCGCCAUCCAGUCUUCUACCACACGAUAAUAUGUUUAUAUGCCACACACGCCUACAUAAGCCGAUGGCCGCUUAAUCUAGUGCGGCCCACUGUAUAGCAAGUAGCCUGCUGUAUCACGAUGCUAUUUGUGGUUGUCAUGAAUGAAGUGGAGUGUUGGGAGCUGUUAGAUGGAUGU